UCCGUUUUGAAGCACGUUUGAAAGGUAAAGGAAUUCCCUGUCAGUGUUGGGCAGCGGGCGCCAGCUGCAACAGCUGCACACAGGAGGUAAAUGUUGUGGUUCUUGCAGUGUCCUGUGCGCCGUGUAACCCACACUCUUCGCUACAAUCCUUUCACUUCUGAUUAUGGAGCUGAUAUGUAUGGAAGGGCUACCUUCAUUCCAACGUGCUCGCACUGAUUCGCAGCUGUUGAAGGAUCCGCGGGUGCUGUCUAACCUGUUGCGCUUGGAGGAGCAUUACAUGCUGCGAGGAGGGAGCCCAUACUUCCAGUGUGUACAGAAAGAGAUAAAGCCUUAUAUGCGGAAAAUAGUCGCUUACUGGAUGUUACAGGUCUGUGAAGAGCAGAAGUGUGAAGAGGAGGUAUUUCCGCUGGCAAUGAAUUACCUGGAUCGGUUUCUGUCUUCUGUUAAUAUCAAGAAAAGUCACCUGCAGGCUCUAGGGGCUGUCUGCAUGUUUCUGGCAUCGAAGCUACGUGAAACUGUGCCCCUAAGUGCUAAGAAACUUUGCAUCUACACUGACAACUCCAUCACAGUGCAGGAAUUAUUGGAGUGGGAGCUUGUAGUACUGGGAAAACUAAAAUGGGACCUAGCAGCUGUGACUCCAAAUGACUUCAUUGAGCACAUCCUGCAAAAGCUGCAAUUACCAAAGGAAAAGCUGGAAUUAGUUAAGAAACAUUCACAGACUUUCAUCGCUUUGUGUGCCACAGAUUUUAACUUUGCUAUGUAUCCUGCAUCCAUGAUUGCAACUGGAAGUAUUGGAGCAGCCAUUCGGGGUUUGGAACUCUCUGUGGACUCCUUAUCCAGUGAGGCUUUAACUCGGCUGCUAGCAAGAAUCACAGGGACAGAAGUGGAUUGUUUGAAAGCCUGUCAAGAGCAAAUUGAAGAUGCUUUGAGAGAAAAUUUACAAGGGAUGCAGUCCUCAACAGAGCAUUCAAGUUCAUCAAAAAAUGCAGAGGAUGUCGGCCCAACAAGUACACCAACAGAUGUGACUGAUGUCAACCUCUGAAAGUCAUUUUGUGCCACCAUCUACCAAGACCUUGCUGCCCUUCCACCGGCCUCUGUCCCUUGCUUGCAUGCACAGCUCUGUUCUGAGGGACACCACCGAAGACUGAGUACUGUGAAUGGCGUGAGUACUGGGUGUUGAAGUUUGGAUAAGGAAAGCUUUCCCUGAUUAUCCCUGAAUGGGGAGUGGUAGAGGGAAAAUACAACACUGAAAACCUAUCAAAGAAGAAGAAUCAAUCCAGUCAUCUAGGAGAACCAGACUUUUCAUCUCCCUGUCAGUCUGUUACAACUUAAACCUCAGUUUGUAGACCGUGUGAGAGGCAUACUCAGCUGAUAUGUUCAUUAGUUUGGAGAAGCACGAAGGGGGAAGAUACAAGUAGGGUAGAGAUUGGACUGUGAUGGUCUGUUCAGAAAUGGAGAGUAAUCCAGUGUCCAUGCACGUGUACCUGAAACAUGAGGCAUUGUGUAAACUUGUCAUCUGGUUAAGAAUACACUGUAAAGUAAAUGAAAAUGGACGUCUGCUGUAUUUGAAUGUAAUAUCCAUUGAGACAUGUGCAAAUUGUUGUAUAAGUAGCUACUGAUGUGUGAAAAAUGUUGCACUAAAUGGAGCAUGCUAUUGCAUGCCCUUUCCCAUCUUCACAGACUGUAACAGGAUAGGCAUAUUUCAUUCAUAGUUGUGCUUUGUUUAUAAAAAGGUAAAACAUACUGCUGUAUUACAGUACUAGCCAACCCACAGCUUGUGUUGUGCAUACUCAGGAUAGUGAGAGGUAAGGUCUGAGGCCCCAGCACCAUUUACAGUAGAUGUAAAUAGUUAAUCUGCAGUAUCCUGCAAAUGCUCCUGUAAACUAGCCACACAAGGCACUAAAUUUCCUAGGCACCCUGUGGAACUUUUGGAGCAUGUUGCUCCUCUUGGGACUGUGUUUAACUGCAGAAGUUUGUGGUAGUUUUAAGUCCUGGAAUUCUGUUAACUUGUACACUGCCAGCUAUCAUCAACCCAUCUUUGAACAUCCCUGUAGAUUGGUAAAAAGGGAAUACUUUUCUAAACCUGGCUACCCUGUGUAGUGGUUUUAUGCUGUGCCUGAAAGGGCAGCAUUAUAGAGCAUUUUAGCUCUUCUGCUUCCAAGCUACUGCAGAAGAAUUUGCAUGCCUGAUUAAAGUGCAGCUAUAUAUCUUUUUGUGUGUGUGCAUGAUUGGCUUCUGUUCUCCCUGCAAACAGUGAACUGCCAUCCCCUAUUAACCCAUAUAUUCCCUCCACUUCCUGCCAUCCAAGGACAUUGGGCAAGGGAGGCAAGUGUUUGGGAUCAUUGGCAGUCAUCUUAAGGGACCUGAGCAUUUUUCCCUGCAUGAUGCCCUUCCAAUAUUGGCAUCAACCAUGAUGUCAUUUCUGCAGUGUUGGGUACCCUGGUGGGUGCAUACUACUACUCCUCUGCCAUGUCUAGCCAGAAGGCAGUGCUUACCUUGGCAGGCUCAUGCCACACACCCCCUUUGUCUCAGCUAUAGUAUAACUCACAGUUAUUUCUUUUGUAGCAGGAUAUCACUGGGUAAGCUGGCAUCAGCUUCUAAACCCACUCCCCAUCUGGCACUUCCAACACCCAGACUGCUAAUUGAGUCUAGCCAUAGCCAGGGCCUUUUUGCAUACAGUCCACAGAUUAAGCCUUACAGACACCAUAAUGGAUUAAAGUGAUUUUGGAUAUUACUGUUUCAUAAUACAGUUUGGCAUAUUUUGGUGUCCUUGUAAAAAUGGUAAAUGAAUUGUAAGUGGUGGCCAUUUACUGCUUUGCCUGUCCCAUACCUCUUACUGACAGGAUGUACACUUUUACCUUCUGUUGCUGAAUGCUGUGUGUUUUUUUUUUUUUUUUUUUUUUUUCAUCUGUCAGAAUAAAAUCCGAAAAUUGUGCUAAUGUCUGUACUUUCGAGUGUAGUUAUAAAGGAGUGUAGCCAGGUAUUCAUUCCAUGUAACUUUACUCUUAGUGUGAACAAAACAUGAAUUGCCUUCUGGUGUUCAUGCUGCUAUAUUUAAUUGUAACUUUAUUUUGAAAUAUAUUUAUUAAAUUAAACUUAAAGGCAGUCCUAUUAGUGAAGCCCCAGCCUGCAGAAUACCAGCUUUGAUGAGCAUAUCUGUUGUGAUGUAGUAGUUUCAAUGCUUAUUGGCAAACUUUUUUGAAUUUAUGCGUUGUACUUGGACAGGAAAUUUCUUUUGGGCUGCAGCAGAGAAAUUGCACUGUUUUUAUAUUUUAGGUGCUGUUCUGUCCAUCUUUUGUAACAUACUGACCUCUUGUGGUGUUCUACAUUCUGUACAAGUGAGUUUAGUCAGAAUUUUUGUUAUUUAUGGGGGGGGGGUAGGAAGAGAGUUCUGUCUUUGGUUAAAAAAUGUUUGUUUGUUAUGGCAUCUAAUAAAGUGCCUUCCUCCAGUUGCAGAUCUUUGAACAAGUUAAUUUAAAGAAUGUAACUUUGUUUUUGGUCUUCCCAACAGUAGAAUGGUGGCAAUCCUGGUAUCCCUCCUCAGUCUGAGUGGAAAAUGGAGAAAGUGUUUUAUGAUUCUCAUUUUUGCAAUGAAUUGUCCAUUUUUUUUAAUGUGGCUGCUUUGCGAUUUUCUUAAAUGCCAUCAGUUUUAUCUUCACUGUGCCAGCCAAAUAAACAGGAGAGAUUCUGUAA